CUGCCGAAUUUCUACCACCCCCUUUGCCCUUUCUCCUUUAUGCAUCAGAAAAGUUUGCAUUCCUUGACCAACGGACUUGGACAACCCACCAGCGGUUAACUGUAAGUCUCCACCUGCGGGCUAAUCGAUAUCUCUUUCUCAGUCCCUGAGAUUAUGGGGAAAAAGAACAAGAUGAAGGAUGGAGGAGAAGGGUUCAAGCAGAGAGGAGAUAGUGACCACUCCCCAUGCACGGUAUUCGUUAGCAACUUGCCCUACUCCUUCACUAACUCACAGUUGGAAGAGGUAUUUAGCGAGAUCGGUCCCAUAAGGCGCUGCUUCAUGGUAACACAGAAGGGAUCAAACAUACACCGGGGCUUUGCGUUUGUUCAAUUUGCUGUUACAGAGGAUGCUGAUCGUGCUAUUGAGCUGAAGAAUGGUGUAUCUAUUGGUGGUAGGAAAAUUGGAGUUAAACAUGCCAUGCAUCGUCUUUCCCUUGAGCAGCGCCGGUCAAGGGCAAAUCAAGUUUUUCCAGCUGAUGAUACUAAGAUAAAAGAGGACAAAGAGAAUUUGUCUGGUGGUGUGGUCCGACAUGAACAAACUCCCAACUUGCAGAAAAUAGGGGAGUCUGAGGGAACCAGGAAAGCGAAGACAAUUCCCAGUGAUCCAACUGAUAAAGAGGAUUCUUCAAAAAAGCAGAGGGUUGCCAGAACAGUCAUAUUUGGUGGAUUUGAUAGUGCUGAGAUGGCUGAGGAAGUUCUCAGCCGUGCCAAAGAGUCGGGCUCUGUAUGUUCUGUAACGUAUCCCCUUCCAAAGGAAAUGCUUGAACUUCAUGGGCUUGCUCGAGAUGGAUGCAAACUGGAUGCUGCAGCUGUACUUUAUACAAGUGUUAAAUCAGCACGUGCCACUGUUGCCUCGCUACAUCAACAAGAGAUAAAUGGUGGAUAUAUUUGGGCACGUCAGUUGGGUGGGGAGGGCUCCAAGACUCGAAAAUGGAGACUUAUAGUUAGAAAUCUUCCCUUCAAGGCUAAAGUCAAUGAGUUGAAAGGAAUCUUCUCAGCAGCUGGUUUCGUGUGGGACAUCUUUGUUCCACAGAAAUUUGAAACUGGAUUAUCUAAGGGAUUCGCAUUUGUUACCUUCACGUGCAAGCAGGAUGCAGAAAAUGCAAUUCGGAAAGUUAAUGGGCAAACAUUUGGUAAACGACCCAUUGCUGUUGAUUGGGCUGUUCCCAAGAAAAUAUAUACAGCUGGCGUUAAUUCAGCUGAUGCACAGGAGGAUGGGCAACUGAAUGAUGGACACGAGGAAGGUGACUCCAGUAGUGAUGAUUUGGAGGAUGAUAUUGGUGUUAGGGAAGAAAAAUGUGAAAACCCCCUCGUUGAACAUGAUGUUCCAAAAGACUCUAAUGCCAUAGACGACAGAGUUACCAGUGAAGAAUUGAAUUUUGAUGAGGAGGCAGUCAUUACGAGGAAAGUACUAAAGAACUUGAUUGCAUUCUCUGCAAAAGGAACAAUGCCUUCAGUGGCUGAAGAUUCCAUGAUACGUGAAUAUGAGAAGGAAAAUGUUGACAAUGCUAUUGAGCCUGGAAAAAAUGCAGUGACAGUUAAAUCUGAAAAGUCGCCCAAAAUUGAAAAGGCAGCUUGUCAGCUGAUUGAGGGACAGGAUAACUUGCAGAGAACAAUUUUCAUUAGCAACCUCCCGUUCGAUAUUGAUAAGGAAGAUGUGAAACAACGGUUCUCUGUAUUUGGGGAAGUGAAAUCCUUUGUUCCAGUUCUUCAUCAAAUCACCAAACGACCUAGAGGAACUGGAUUUCUUGAGUUCAGUACACCAUCUGCGGCAGAUGCAGCAGUUUCAGCAUCAAAUGAUACAUCUGGUCUAGGGCUUGUUCUUAAAGGUAGACAACUGACAGUUUUGAAGGCUUUGGACAAGAAAUCAGCCCAACAGAAGGAACUCCAGAAGGCAAAGAAGGAGGAUCAUGAUCACCGCAACCUUUAUCUUGCGAAGGAGGGUCUCAUUCUUGAGGGCUCACCUGCUGCCGAAGGUGUUUCAGCUAGUGAUAUAUCAAAGCGACAAAUGUUGCAAAAGAAAAAGGAGGUCAAGCUUCAAUCUCCUAACUUUCAUGUUUCCAGAACCAGACUCAUAAUAUACAAUUUGCCCAAGUCGUUGACUGAAAAGGAUCUUAAGAAGCUUUGUAUAGAUGCAGUUCUUUCCCGUGCUUCUAAACAAAAACCCAUGGUUCAACAGAUCAAGUUCUUGAAGGAUUCAAAGAAAGGGAAGGUUAUUCAAAAGAAUCAUUCACGUGGGGUAGCUUUUGUUGAGUUCACUGAACAUCAGCAUGCACUUGUAGCUCUGAGAGUUCUUAACAACAAUCCUGAAACUUUUGGUCCAGAGCAUCGCCCCAUUGUCGAGUUCGCUCUAGACAACGUCCAGACCCUGAAGUUGCGAAAAUUUAAGCUACAGGCCCAACAAAGCAUGGGCGGACUCCCAGAAGUGGAAUGGAAAAACACUGAAUCUCGGAAUGAAGAUGCCAAUCCAAAUGCUAUAGACAAGAAACGAAAACGUAGAGAUGUUAACAGGUCAGCCAAAACACCAGAACCUAAUAAAGGAAAUUUAAGGGAACACAUGGGCCCUGGGGAAGUCACCAAGGAAGAACUCCCACAGACCAAGAAGCAAAAGGGAGCUGUGGAGAGAGUAACAAAGGUUGAUUUUGCUUCUGAAGAUCAAUCUCAGACUACUUUGGAGCCAAAGAAGAACCAAAAAUUGAAAAAGUUGGAGGGUAGAAAAUCAUUUGAUUCCGGAAAUGUGGCUGCUGAUACUCGAGAAUUAAAACCUACAGGGAACAUGGAGGUGAGUCUGAGAAAGAGGAAGCUAGAGGAUAGUGUUCUUUCGAAGCAACAGCCUAUCAAUAAGAAGAACCUCAAGAAAAGGAAGAGUAAAGAUGGGAAAGACUCAGGGAAGGAGGUCGUGGAUAAACUUGACAUGCUGAUAGAACAGUAUCGAUCCAAGUUUUCACAGCGCACUUCUGACAAGCGUGAUGGUGAAAAGCAAUGUUCUAGACAACUCAGAAGAUGGUUCCAGUCAUAGCUUCCCAGUAGCUCUUUAAUAGAUUCUGGUUAUAGUUUCCAUGUAUUGAUACUUCUGCCAAGGGGGAUGGUUUUGAAUCUAUAUAUCGUACAGGAUUGUAUUUAUAG